CAUCUUAACAAUGAUUCGCAGGGCAUUCUGGGAAACCUCAUAACAUUUCAUUUGUAGUGUCACUUCUGAAAAAUCUCUGUUUGAAGGCCCAAAUAGCCCCAACACUUCACCCGACCCCUCCGUUUCAACAACAAUCGGGACAAUCCUACCCCUAGACGUGAACACACAAAACAGAGGGUUAGAGGCAAGAGGUGAAAUGGGAUUGGGCCUUUGUUUCUUCUGUUUGCCUCUUAACAUUUUCCCUCUUCUCCAUUUUACACUCUACACCAUCAAAUCAUGUCUCCUUCAGGUCACCUGCCCACAGCAUAAGAACCCUGAGUGACAGUAUUAAUCUUCCAUGUUGAACACAGUGAGCUGGACAUAGUUAUAUGGAUUAGAUGAAUCUUCAAUGCAAAGAAUUUGCAUAGUUGAUUGUUAGUAAUUGAGUUUAUCGAGUUUUGUUGCGAAAUCAAUUCAGAACUAAAUGGCACGUCAUGGUCUGGGAUGUAUUAGACAGAAUGUAAACAGUUGAAUCUGGAUGUAGGAGAAAUGGGCAGGCGUGAAGACUUGAGCAAAUCUGACAAAGGCCAACUCGUCAUGGCCAGACAACUGGGAAAGAGCAUCUUUAAAACAGAAAGGCUUAUGGGUGCUCUGGGUGCUCCCAGUCAGAAGUGGUGAGUAUGUAUUGACAGUGGUCUGAGGAGAGAAACAAACUGCCGACAGGGUGCUGAGCACCCAAGGCUCAUCACUGUGGAGGCUUUCCAAUCCGGUCUGAACCAACAAAAGAGCUACUGCAGCACAAGUCAGAUAAACUUAGAGUGAUGAUUACAGGAUGGUCACAACCCACUGAGCAUUUCACUCUUCUGCUCAGAGGGCUGUGCAUCUGCAAAACGCUAAGAGUGCUAACCUGCAGCCCAAAGUGGCCACCUAGCCUCCAAAUUGCCCAGAUCUCAAUCCAAUCAAGUAUGUGUGGCAUGUGUGCUGCUAACGUCUUCCUCAGGUUUCUCCUGCAUCAUGCUGAUUGAAGGAUCAGAAUUUGGUGCAACCAACAUAUCAUGCUACAAAGCAUGUUCUCACUUCAUGCCUCUAGCUCGGUCUUAGCUGGGUGUGUUCAUGUGAAAACAUGUAGCAAUGAUCAUUGCUAAUCAACCUGGUUCAUUAAGCAAAACAGCUACAUGCAUGCUUACUCCAGGAAAUGUAUAGAUCUCUGAUGACAUCACACAUUAACACUACAGCCAGUUUGGUAGGCAACUUUGAGUUCUUGCAGGAGAACAGGGACGUUUGAUAUGAGAUAAAGCUACAUUUAAAAGAUGUGCAACACUAGCAUGAAAGUUUGUGCUGUGUUGAAUUCACACUUUAACCACGUGAUGUUCCUCUGCAUGUAAAACAACCAUGUGACUUGUAGGCACAGCGCAGACGGUCUUAUCUGUCACAAUCUCACUCAGUGUGCGCACAGGUCAGUUUCUCAAGGCCGCCUGAACACACAGUGGUACACAGACCAGCACAGAGGCGCUUGUAGGCAUUUUUGGCUGCCUGAAAACUUUAUCCACAGACCUCAUCUCAUUUUCUGUAGCAGAAGCACAACAUUAAAAUGUGACCUUAAAAACAUUAAAACCUUGAACUUACUUUUUAUUUGGCUAUAGCUCCAUAUUUCUAUAGCCUAUGUAGUUCUGUCUUUUAUUAAUCCCAGUACUAGAGGUGACCUGGAUCUGAGCAAUGUGUUUUCUUCAAGACUAUACUCAGAGAUGGCAAACAGCAACAGGGUAGCCACGGUGACAACUUUAUUUUACACAGAGCACAAACCACAGGAACUGAUCUCUCUAGUUAGAAAUAAAUCAUAAAAAUAGUUCCUGGAGACAGAGAGCAGUGACAGAGAUGGGUGUCAACCUUUAUUAAAUGCCUAAACUUCCUGUCCUGAGAGCAAGUACCCAGAAAUAUCACCCAAACAGAGCUGAAGACUGUAGUGGUGUCUUCAAAUCUACAGAUAAAGCAAAAACAAAGCAAAAAUCCACUUAAUGGCAUCAACACGUUUACAGAAGAUCAAAGAACCGAAGAUGAAUGAGGAUAUAUAUGCAAAUUCAGGAAUUAUAACAGACAACACAUCAACUCAUUCAGACGACAGCAAUGAUUAUGAAGACAUCUACGCCAAUGAAGAUGUCCCAGAGACGGAUGUGACCGCAACCCGUAAAGCAACUAUGACCUCAGGAAGCAGAUACUACAGACUGGCUGCAGUGUGUCUGGGGCUGCUGUGUGUUCUCCUGCUUACUGGCAUCACAGUGCUGUGGAUCAAGUUCAACAACCUGACUAUAGAGAGAGAGCAGUUACAGAGCAGCUACACCAGCCUGACUAUAGAAAGAGACCAAAUACAAACGAAUAAUGACAACAUGAAGAAUGAGAUGGGCCAAUUACAGAAAGAAAAGGAAACGCUUCAGAAGAAACUGUCACUAUUAGAGCAAGGAAAGAUCAUUUUCAGGGACAGUUUCUACUACACCUCUACUGAGAAGAAGAGCUGGAGUGAGAGCAGAAAGGACUGCAAAGAGAGAGGAGCAGAGCUGGUGAUCAUAAACAGCAGAGAAGAACAGGAGUUCAUAGGUAAAGUAUUUGGCAGCACUGAAGCUUGGAUUGGUCUGACAGACAUCCACUCAGAAGGGGAUUGGAAAUGGGUGGACGGCUCAGCUUUGCCUACUAGUAAGAAGUUCUGGUUUAACGGGGAACCCAAUGAUUAUGAAGGAAAUGAGGACUGUGCUGUAUCUGGCUAUAGAGUUGCUGGAUCGGAACGUGUGUCAACCUGGGCUGAUUAUCCCUGUAAUCACCAGCAAAUUAAAUUUAUAGGUAUCUGUGAGAAAAAUUUUUAAUUUAGUGAACAUGACACUAAAUUACAAAGACAUGCUUUGGACUACAUGCAUGUUAUGUCUGUCAUUUGGCUCGACUCAUCGCGUUUGGUAUAUCCACCGCUCCUCCAGAACUCGACUCACUGUCUACUCUGCAUCAGACUUGUGAUGGUGCAGUGCAUGCCCAUCACUGAGAUUAAUAAGAACAAUAGGAAUAUCUGUGUAAUGUAUGUACCUACCUUGAUGUCCUGUGUAGAAGGGGAUGAGGGCAAAUGGGAGAUUGGGUGGAUCCACCUUCAGGGAGGGAAAGGGGCCUCAGUGUUCUAAAGGGAAAAACCUGCAUAGGAAUUAAUUAGAUAAUUAACGAAUACUUACCGGUAAUAUGUAUAUAGUAGUCACGACUAGUCAGUAGCUGUAUAGAUGGGUGUGUAUAUAUGUUUGUGUGUGUAUGUAAAUUAGAGCCCUGGGACAUCGUCCCUUCAAGCAAGUUAUUAGUUUAGUCGGGGCGGGGCUUCGACGAUAAGAACGCUCGGUGUUCUUUCAGCCAGGGCUUCUCAGCUACCUGUGGGAGGAGUGGUUUAAUCCCAGUGUGAUGCUGUUAGCUGCUUGUAACAGCUUGGGAAUAACCUGUGUGAUGAGGAUUAGCCUUGCAGCGAAUCCUCAAGUUUGUCUUUCGUUUUAUUUCUGUUUAAUUCAGUUUUUCUUUUGUUUUGUGUGUAAUAAAAUAAGCACGUGUGCACUUGAACUUGGAGUCUCGCCUCCUCGUAUCCACACCCACGCCCAUAGCGCCAGUUUGGCCGUGCAUAAAUCCCGGUGUCUCUUCUUUUGGAGGUUGCACCGUUACAAGACUCCGCUAUCCCUGCCAUCUGGACAAAUGGAUGGGACCAACAAACCACUGCCCCUUCCAGCACCCAGUCAAUCGAUGUUCUUCGCUCUCUGCCUCUCUCCUCGUCACUGCCCACCCCAUUCAACUCCAGAACUUGCAUGUUGUGCUAUAAUGGACAAAGCUUCUUUAAUAAAUGACCUUGUUGUCCAGAACAACUUUGACAUGUUAACAAAUGAGAAUAUCGUCGUAUGCGUUCACAAGUUUACCCAUCAUGUCAUGCAGGACGUUGUUGAUGAAAGUCUAGAAGAUGCAGGAGCACUGGAAAGGCCAGCAUUACUAAGUGUUCAUAGUGCCCCCUGGUGGUGACAAGCAGUUUGACACUGUUUUCGCACUAGGUUAUCUACACUCUUUAAAUCUAAUUUGGUGAAAUAUUGAGUCACUCUGACUUGCUUAAGUGUUACAGGGAUGAGAGGAAGUGGGUAGGUUUUUUGUGAUUUGGUUAAGUCUUAGGGAAUCAGUGCACUGGUGAAGACCACCAUCCUUUUUCUUUACAAAAAAGAAACCAGAAGCCACCAAUGAGGUGCAUGGUCUAAUAAAGCUUUGCUAUAAUGCUUCCCAUAUGUAAGAAUCCAUGGCUCACUCCUCCUCCUGCAUCAAGGGAUAUAAUCUAGACUUUCUCAGUUAGAUCAAUAGCACAAUCAUAGAGGUGAUGUGGAGGUAGUUUUGUAGCAUUCCCCUUACUGAAAACCUGUAGAAGGUCACUGUAUUCCUCAAGAAUGUUAAGAGGGGGUCGAUAGAAGAGAAAUGAAAGGCUGUGUGAUAAAUCAUAAUCUGACCACAACAGUAGUUGAUCUGAUCAUAAUCUGAGCAUAAAAUACGUGAGUUGUGUUUCUCUAGCCAAGAAAGACCUAAGAUAACAGAAAGUCCUAAAGACUCUGGAUGGGUGAUCUCAAACACUGCAUGGGUUCAUCUCUGUUGUUGGGAGAACAGAUCUUGUUUCCUUCGGGAAGCCAUAGUCUGCAGUUUGGCGUCUCUACAGGCCAGUUCUGUUAGAAUGUCAUGGUUGAGACCUUGGUGAAAUGUCACUAACACAGCUGGCUCAUUCCACAAUGAAGCUUCUGUGCUUCUGAGUAGGCCUUGUUCUGUUCUCAUGGGUUUAUUGAGCAACUAGGAUAGAAUCCUUUCGUUCUCACCCUAACAAGAACCACGGAUUUAGUUUUUUCCUAGCCAGUAUUUUUCUACAUGAUAGAAUUAAUUUUCAGGCACAACAAUUUUCUGCAUUUCUUCUUCAUAAAAGAACCCUCUAUCAUUUCAUUAUCGUGGUCUCUUAGUUUACACUUCAGCAGGUCUCAUUUAAUAGCUUUAUCCACAAAAAAAUUCACCUGUAAAAGACUGUUCAUAACCUUUCAUGAAGGGUCUGCGUUCGUUGGAAAUCCAAACCAGGUUGUCUACUUUAAACUUGGAUGGAUUUUUUUGCCAUACAAAUGAUGAAACACCUUUAUUUGAUUGGUCUCAUUCACCUCUUGCAGGCGCAUUUGAAUAGAUCUAUGAAAGGUGUCAUUAUAAGAACUGAAUGUAUUAAAAGCUGUAAAAUAUCUAAA